CAGCCCCCAAAUGGCCAAAUCACAAUCCCCCUCGUCCAUCCCUCCAUUUCGCGGGUCUAAACAUAGGCGAAGCUCGACGCACGCGCCGCGUGCACCCCGCGCGCACACACACGCGAUCGGAGGAAUUUUGGUCUCUCACGAUCUCGCCCGACGCGAUCGGCGAUCCCCGCUCCCCCCCUCCACCUCCACUCCACGUCGAGAUCCCAUUUCGGAUUCGACUCGAAUCCUCUAGGUUUGCUCGCCGCCGGUGGUGAUGCGCUGCUCCUGCUGCUGCUGGUAGGCUCGGGUCGGAGGCGAUGAACAUUGUGCGGGGCGUCGCCGAUCUCCUCCGCAAGUCGCCGAAUCCCGUCGCGCCGCCCACGCCCGUCACCCCCUCCGUCCGCGGCGGCUCCUUCCGCGGCGCCGACAUCGACGACGCUCCCGCGCCCCGCGUGGUCUUCGGUGAUAGCCCGGAGGAGGGAGUCUUAAACACACUUUGGCAGAAGUAUGAGAAUGCCCUUGAUAAGGAUGAAAAGGAGAAAUCCCUGCAAAUUUUUCUGUUACAAUUUGUACAAACAUUCAGAGAUUGGGGUCCAUACCAUAUUGAGCAAUUGGUUGAUCAAGAAUUAGGAUCUGAUGAAACAGUCGUCGGAUGCUCUCACGGGCAUCCUUCUGAGGUCAUUCUUAUUUUGAUUCAGGAAAUUUCACUAAUAACGUCAACUAUCACCGAAAGUGGCACCAGUCCAGAAUCUUCUCCGAAGCAUUCAGACCAGCCAGAACCCCUGGAAUUAAGCGCUGAAAGAUUACAUGUUCUUGAGUGCCUGGCUAUUCUGACUCGCUCCGUGCAUAACUGUAGAGUAUUUAGCUAUUAUGGUGGUGUGCAGAAGGUUACUUCUCUACUAAAAGCUGCAGUUGAUCAGCUCAAAACCUUGAACAGCCUGCACGCUGUAGAUGACCAAUCUUCAGGUCAAGCGGUAGAAAAUACAAGGAUGAUGCUGAAGAUACUCAUAUGCAUAAUCACAAUAAUUUCAAAUUUCAUAAAGUUGGAGCCAACUGUUACAAGGGAUCCCCGCUUUGUCGACACCACUAAAUAUGCCCGAUCAAACAGUCAUUUGACUGCAGUUACUACAAGUACUUCAGAGAACUCCAUUUCUGACGCACUUCAACAUUGGCAGCAAAAGGCAAUUGUUCUUGUGGUGGAAGCUGGUUGUGUCAACCGGUUAGUAGAACUCUUACGGGUCAUUCAGAGGCUGAAUUUGAAAGAGCAGUGGACUGAUCUCUCACUUCAUUUUACCACUUUGUGCACUCUGCGAUCGACUAUAUCUGGUACCCGUGCACAGAAUCAUUUCAGAAGCAUAGGUGGGCUGGAAAUUUUACUGGAUGGGCUAGGGCUUCCUUCAAAUAAAUUUUCAGUUUCGAAGCAUUCAUCCAUCUCAAAAGAUGAAAGGGGUGAAAUUCUUCUGCUCCAGAUACUUUAUUUGGAAAUUAUGAGCGAGGCAGUAUUUGGCAAUGUCAGCAAUUUGCAAUUUUUAUGCGAAAAUGCAUGGGUGCAUAAAUUUGCAAACAGCAUCAGUUGGCCUGCAUUUAUGAUUCAGGAGUUUCAUCGGCAAAAGGAUAACACCAGGACUUCUCUCGCACUAGAUUCUAUCUCUGGUCCAAUUCAUUUUCUUGAUAUAACAGAAUGGAAUGACUAUUCUGUAAAGUUGAGCACCACACUUUGCUCUUUUAUUCUCCCCUCAAACAUUGUGAAAUGCUGCUCUGAUGAAAUAGCUAUCAGCCAAAUUUCUGUCACCAUCCCAUCAGCUUAUCAGGAGCAGUCUGUGAGAUGGAUGAUAAGGGUUCUCCUAACAGUCUUUCUAUGCAUCAAAGCUUGUACCAGUGAAACUGAAUUACCAAACCAUAUAAAGAUAUUAGCCAAAACCAUUCAACUUUACAUGAUCCGUACAUUCAGAAGGGUUCUUGUUUCAGCACCAGCUCUACUCACAGCGUUUCGAGAGGAAGGUGUAUGGGACUUGAUAUUCUCCGAAGAUUGUUUCUACAUUGGGUCAUCUGUUUCUGUGGAAGACAUCCAAUUUCACAUUGUUAGAGAGGAUCAAAAUGACAAUGUUAAAAAUAAUAGGAAAGCAACUAAUUAUGAAAGCUCAUAUAGAACUGAUGUUAACAUUCUUCAAGUGGAAGCUAUCUCCUUCCUGGAGUUCGCUGCAACAAUGAAUGAAAACACGUAUAACCUGCCAGAAUGCUCAGCACUACUAGAUGCACUUGAGCAUGGCGUUUCUGAUGCAGUGGUGACCAGCAUUCUUCUAAAAUGUUUUCGUGUUAUUCUACAACUUGCAACAGAACAAACUCUAGCUUCAAUCAAGUCAUUGGAUGCAAUUACUAGAGUCCUUAAGGUUGCAUGCUAUCAGGCACAAGGACUUCAAAACUCUAGGGCUUUGCCUCGUCCUGACAUUAUCAUCACCACAGAAGGUUCUCAGAAAAAAAAUACUGAGAUGAGUUUACCUGAGGACAGAGCAGAUCACACUCUUAAAUGUCUAGAAUUAGGUUUGAGCCUCCUUAAGGAUUAUGUCACUAUAUCUAGCGAUGGAAGAAUUCUGGUUUUGCACAAUGGGGAAUGUAUUGAGUGUUUAUUCAAUUUAUUCCAAGAAGAGAACCUCCGGAAGCAUGUACUGGAGCAAGUGCUUGCCUUAUUUAGGUUGCCUCCAACCUCAGCACAAGAUCAUGCUGCAAAGUUGCAGCUAUGCUCCAAAUAUUUGGAGAACUUCACUCAAGCAAAUGAAAAGGAAAAGGUGAACUCAGAAUUGUUAAUUGAUCUACUGGUCAGCAUGAGAGAGAUCAUUUUGAUGGAUCGUGUGUACUAUCAAAAUUUAUUUCGCAAUGGAGGGUGCUUUCUGCACAUUAUCUCUUUAUUGAAUGGAACUUUCGACGAGGCAACUUGUGAGCGCUUGGUCCUUAACGUCCUUGAGACAUUAACCUUAUUACUUGAAGGAAAUAAUGCUUCCAAGGCUGCUUUCAGAAUGCUAGUUGGUGUGGGUUAUCAAACACUACAGAGCAUGCUAUUGGAUUUUUACAAAUGGUUGCCAAGUGAGCGGCUCUUGGGUGCAUUGCUUAGUAUGCUAGUUGAUGGGAAGUUUGAGAUAAAUGAGAAAACAACAAUAAAGAAUGAAGAUGUUGUGGUGUUAUUUCUGAACGUUUUACAAAAGAGCAGCACAUCACUUCAACAUUAUGGGCUUGUUGUCUUGCAGCAGUUGCUCAAGCAGUCCAUUACAAAUAGAACCUACUGUUUCAGAGCAGGGUUGCUUAGUGUUCUUCUUGAUUGGUUUUCAACUGAGGAAAAUGAUGACACAGUUCUCGGAAUUGCAGAGUUGAUUCAGAUAAUUGGUGCACACAGUAUAUGUGGGAAGGAUAUUAGGAAAAUCUUUGCCCUCUUACGUAGCGAGAAGAUUGGUGCCAAGCAAAAGCACACUUCUUUGCUUUUGACAAGUCUCAGCCACAUGCUCAAGGAAAAGGGUCCAGAAGCUUUUUUUGAAUUCAGUGGCCAUGAUUCUGGUAUUGAAAUAAAAUCUCCAUUUCAAUGGCCUUACAAUAGAGGGCUAUCUUUUUCUUGCUGGUUAAGAGUAGAAAACUUCCCAGAAAAUGGUAUGAUGGGCCUUUUCUCCUUUUUCACAGAAGAUGGAAAGGGGUGUGCAGCAAUGCUUAGCAAAAGUGCUUUAGUAUAUGAGUCUAUCAACCAAAAGCAUCAGUCUGUUCUGUUACAACUCAACCUCCCACCAAAGGAGUGGAGGUUCCUUUCUGUUACUCAUACAAUAGGAAGAGCUUUCUCUGGAGGAAGCCAGCUGAGGUGUUAUGUUGAUGGGGAGCUAGUAUCAUCCGAGAAGUGUAGGUACGCAAAAGUCAAUGAGGUAAUGACCCGCUGCACUAUCGGUACACAAUUGAUACCUGUUGGUGAAGAACCUCUUUCUAUUGGUUUCGAAAGGACUUUCGCAUUUACUGGUCAAAUGGGCCCAGUUUAUGUGUUUUCUGAUGCUCUCUCUUCAGAGCAAAUAAAAGGCAUAUAUAACCUGGGACCAAGUUAUAUGUACUCCUUCCAUGGUGACGAUUCACUCUAUAGGGGAAUUUUGGAUGCAAGAGAUGGCAUUUCAUCAAAGAUAAUUUUUGGUCUUAAUGCACAGGCCAGUGAGAGCAAGACUCUGUUCAGUGUGUCAUCUGCUCUCGAUAGUGCUGACAAAAGUACAGUUGAAGCAACAAUCAUCGGCGGGACAAAGUUAUGCUCACGGCGCCUGCCGCAGGAUAUUAUUUAUUGCGUCGGUGGUGUCUCUGUAUUUUUCCCUCUCUUCACUCAAUUUUGUGAUGUUGUAUCUUGUCAUACAUCUGUCAUCGAUGAUAAAUUGGCAGCAGAGGUCAUUGAGCUGGUCGCAUCUGUUCUGGAUGGAAAUGUAUCAAAUCAACAACAGAUGUAUCUUCUUUCAGGAUUAUCUAUUCUGGGUUUCUUGCUUCAAGCUGCUACACCUCAGCUGUUAAAUAUGAAAACACUUCCUGCAAUGAAGUAUAUGUUUGAUGUUCUAAGAAACUGCGGUAUGUCAAAGGUUCUGCUGAAAGAUGCUAUUUCACAAGUUUAUUUGAAUCCAGAAAUAUGGUUAUAUGCAAGCUAUGAAGUACAGAGAGAUCUUUAUAUGUUCUUGAUACAAUAUUUUGAAACUGACGGAAGGUUUUUACCGCUACUAUGUGGACUCCCUAGAGUUAUUGACAUUGUGCGUCAAUAUUAUUGGGAAAAGAUAGAUUCUAGGUAUGUUGUCGGUUCCAAGCCAUUGCUGCAUCCAAUUACGAAACAAGUUAUUGGAGAGAGACCUAAGAUAGAAGAAAUCCGCAAGCUUCGACUUCUCCUUCUGAGCUUAGCAGAAAUGAGCAUAAAGCUUAAAGUAUCUCCUGAUGAUAUACAAGCUCUUGUAUCAUUUUCUGAGAGGAGCCAAGAUAUAGCAUGCAUCGAGGACAUACUGAAUAUGAUCAUUCAUGCUCUUUCACACAGUUCACUUUUGUCAUCCUUCUUGGAACAUGUAAAUGUUCUUGGUGGCUGUUGCAUUUUCUUAAAUCUUCUUAAGAGGGAAUUCGAACCAAUCAGAUUGUUGGGGCUUCAGCUUCUUGGAAAGCUCUUGGUUGGGAUUCCAUCUGAGAACAAAGAAGCAACAUUAUUUACCUCACCAAUAGGACAAUCUAGACCCUUCUCUGAGAACUUAAGAAAAGAAAUAGCAUCGGCACCUCAGUUGUUUUUUGAUACAAUAUCGGAAAGGCUCUUGAAAUUUCCACUCUCAGAUAAUUUGUGUGCAACUCUUUUCAAUGUUCUUCUUGGUGGAACCAGUCCAAAACAGGUCCUACAGGAACAUUUGCAAUCCGAUCCAUCCAAGGAUAGGAAUUGCAAUCCUUCAAGCUUGGUUUACUUUUCCGUUCCUCAGAUUUUGGUCAGCAUCUUCAAAUAUAUGCAGUAUUGCCAAGAUUCUUCAGCACGCACAAGAAUCUUAAUCGACCUUCUUGGUCUACUCUAUUCAAACCCUAUAAACAUUGAGGCCUUAAUGGAGCAUGGUUGGAACUCUUGGCUUGAGACAUCAACAAAUCUUGAUGUAAUUAAGGACCACAAAUCAGUUUCUAAAGGUAAGCUGGACAAUGUGGAGAUCAAUGAACUGAUUCAAGUGAGGAAUUUGUAUUCCUUGGUCCUUUCAUACUACCUGAGCUCUGUAAAAGGUGGCUGGCAUCAACUUGAAGAUACAGCUCAUUUUUUUCUUUUGAAGUUUGACCAGGGACAAUUAUCAAGUUCUUAUUUUCUGCGGGACAUACUCGAUGAUAUUGUUGGCAGCCUGCUUCAGACAUCUUUGGAAGAAAAUAUUUUCCUUUCGCAGCCAUGCUGUGAUAAUGUCUUGCAUCUUUUGAAGCUUAUCCAGGAGUUGCUUGUCAAUCAAAUAGGAAUUAAGCUCUUGUUUCCGUCUCCUAGCACUACAGAGGAAUCUUCAUCCGAUGACAAAUGGAAAAAUGAUAUUAAGUUUGCAUUAAAUGAAAUUUUGAAUGCUGAGAGCAAUGGUCAUUAUAGAAGUUUCCCUUGGAGGUCUUGCCAAUUUGCUGAUGGGGAUGAGAUAAGUGAGGAUUGGUGGAGCUUCUUUGACAAGGUAUGGAAUAUCAUAUGUGAUUUGAAUGGCAAAGGACCAAGCAAAUUGGUUCCAAAGAGUCCAAAUGUUGGAGUCCCAUCUUUGGGGCAAAGGGCACGUGGACUGGUGGAGUCUCUGAAUGUCCCUGCUGCAGAAAUGGCUGCUGUUGUUGUGUCUGGAGGUAUCGGUACUGCAUUAGGUGCAAAAAUGAAUAUAUUUGCUGACAGAGCUACAUUAUUGAGGGAAGAGAUACUCCCAAGAAUUUUCUUCCACCUUGUAAUUCUGUAUCUCUGCAAAGCUGGAUUAGAAAAUGCAUCCAAGUGUGUUCUACAGUUCAUGUCAUUGCUUCCUGUUCUUAUUGCAGAAGAUGAGCUAAGCAAAAACACACUGCAUUUUUUAAUAUGGUCCUUACUCAUUGUACGAUCUCAGUAUGGGCAACUUGAUGAUGGAGCACGCUUCCAUGUUUUAUCACACUUGAUUCUUGAAACUAUCAUAUAUGGCAAGUCCAUGCUUGUUACUAAUAUCUUGGGCAGAGAUGAUUCCAUGGAUAUCAACAGCAAUCAAGAGGCCGGUUUCAUUCUCAGUUUUAUUCAGAAGGAUCGUGUUCUUGCCACGGCCAUUUACGAGGUUAAGCAUAUGAAGUCUGUCCAGGCUGAUCGCUUAAGGCAGCUGCAAGAACUUCACUCUAAGCUUAAUGAGUGUUCCACUAAAGAGACACAGCUAGUGCAGAUCAUUAAUGAGCAGAUACAUUUGUCCGUCAGCUCUGCUGUUUCUGCAGAUGACAGUAGAAAAACAGCUUUUCUACUUGCUUUUGACGAGGAUCAGCAAAUUGUUGCAGAUAAGUGGAUACAUAUUUUCCGUGCUCUAAUUGAUGAGAGGGGACCAUGGUCUGCUAAUCCUUUUCCAAAUGAUGUUGUGACUCACUGGAAACUUGACAAGACAGAAGAUAAAUGGCGGCGACGGUUCAAGCUCAAGCGAAACUACAUGUUUGAUGAACGUCUUUGCCAACCUUCGUGCUCUAGGAUUGAGAAUGCAGAGCCAUCUGUUGACCUACCUUCUUUUAGUACCAAAAUUCCUGAGAAAAUGAGGCGAUUUCUUCUGAAAGGAGUACGAGGAAUCACAGAGGAUAGUGGCUAUGGACCAUCUGAAGACACCAAUGAUAUGAGUGAAUCAUCGCACAGUCCUUCAGAGAGGCAAAACCAGAAUAAUGCUGCAGAUUCCUCAGAUUAUCGCAAUAAUGUGCAGAAUAAAAGAGAAGCAUCGUCUACUAAUGUAGAUAAUGAUUAUAGUAAGGUGCUAUGUUCAGUUCAUUGUGUUCUUGUAACCCCAAAGAGAAAACUAGCAGGACAGCUAAACAUCACACGAACUGUUCUACAUUUUUCUUUCGGUUUUCUGGUUGAAGGAACUGGAGGAUCAUCUGUUUUCAGCAAGUUUAAAGAUGAAAAAGAUUCUGAUGGCAAGAAUGAAAUGGGAGGUGCAGAGAGACUUUAUGGAUGCCGGGACAGUUUGAUUAGAAUCAAUGGUGGCUUGAUGCAGAACCAAUCUAAUAAAAUUAAACAUCACAGAAGGUGGAACAUAACCAAGAUAAAAGGAGUUCAUUGGACGCGCUACCUACUACAGUAUAGUGCAAUGGAGAUAUUCUUUGAUGAUUCAAAUGCACCUAUUUUUUUGAAUUUCUCCUCUCAAAAGGAUGCUAAAAGUGCCGGGUCUCUAUUAGUUUCCCUCAGGAACGAUGCCUUGUUCCCUAAAGGAAGUAUUAAAGACAAAAAUAGUGUCAUUUCAUUUGUUGACAGGCGAGUUGCGCUUGAAAUGGCUGACAAUGCCAAGGAAAGAUGGAGAAGGAGGGAAAUCAGUAAUUUUGAGUAUCUAAUGAUUCUUAAUACCCUGGCCGGGCGAUCUUACAAUGAUUUAACUCAGUAUCCUAUAUAUCCAUGGGUGCUGGCUGAUUAUACCUCAGAAAAACUUGAUUUUAACAAGUCAUCUACCUUUAGGGAUCUUUCGAAGCCGGUUGGUGCUUUGGAUGAAAAACGAUUUAAGGUUUUUGAAGAUAGAUAUCUUAAUUUCUGCGAUCCUGAUAUACCAAGUUUUUAUUACGGGUCCCACUACUCUAGCAUGGGAAUCGUUCUUCAUUACCUUCUCAGGCUUGAGCCAUUUACAACUCUGCAUCGUAGCCUUCAGGGCGGCAAAUUUGACCAUGCCGAUCGUCUCUUCCAGAGCAUUGACGGCGCUUACAGAAAUAGCUUAUCAAAUACAAGUGAUGUCAAAGAGCUUAUUCCUGAAUUCUUCUAUAUGCCUGAGUUUCUUGAAAAUUCAAAUUCGUAUCAUCUUGGUGUUAAGCAGGAUGGUGAACCUUUAGGUGAUGUUGCUCUCCCUCCAUGGGCAAAGGGUUCUCCAGAAGAAUUCAUUCACAUCAACCGAGAGGCACUUGAAAGUGAAUAUGUGAGCUCUAAUCUCCAUCACUGGAUUGACCUUGUAUUUGGUUACAAGCAGCGCGGGCAGCCUGCCGUUGAGGCAGCAAACAUAUUUUACUAUGUGACAUAUGAAGGCGCAGUUGAUCUGGAAAACAUGGAUGACAUGUUGCAGAAAUAUGCUAUCGAAGAUCAGAUUGCAAAUUUUGGGCAGACACCUAUCCAGAUUUUUCGGGUGAAACAUCCAAGAAGAGGGCCUCCUAUCCCGAUUGCUCAUCCACUUUAUUUCGCACCUCAGUCAAUAACAUUGACUUCAAGCAUUUCUAGUACAGCCAGCCACAUGUCUGCUGUAUUAUUUAUUGGUUUGUUGGACAAUACAGUUAUACUGAUGAAUGAGGGACUCGUAUUAUCAGUGAAGCUAUGGUUGCCAACACGGUUGCAGUCAGGUGGAAAUUUCACAUUUUCUGGAACACAGGAAAAUUUAUGUGGGAUUGGUUCAGAUAUUAUCUCCCCCCGUAAAAUUGGCACUUUCCUGGCUGAAAAUGUCAAGUUUGGAAGACAGUUCUUAGCAACUAUGCAAAUUAACAGUGACAAAUAUUUGAUUUUAUGUGGAAAUUGGGAGAACAGUUUCCAGAUCAUUUCUCUUUGUGAUGGAAGAAUUGUGCAGAGCAUCAGGCAGCAUAAGGAUGUGGUUGGCUGUGUUGCAGUUUCAUCUGAUGGAAAUGUGGUUGCAACUGGAAGUUACGACACAACUGUUAUGAUCUGGCAUGUGUUUCGAGGCAGACCAAGUGAGAAAAAAUUUAGGCCUACAAAUUUGGAACUUUCAGAAAAUGAUCAUGUUAUAAUGGAAAGGCCUGUUCAUAUCUUGUGCGGUCAUGACGACAUCAUAACAUGCCUGUUUGUUAGCACGGAACUGGACAUUGUUAUCAGUGGUUCGAAAGAUGGAACUUGUAUUUUCCAUACAUUGCGGGAAGGGAGAUAUGUUCGAUCCAUUCGGCAUCCUUCAGGCAUUGGUUUGUCGAAAUUGGUGGCAUCACGGCAUGGAAGGGUGGUAUUCUAUUCUGAGAGUGACCUAUCCUUGCACAUGCAUUCCAUCAAUGGAAAACAUAUUGCUUCUUCAGCAUCCAAUGGACGUCUCAAUUGCAUGGAACUUAGUUGCUGUGGAGAGUUCAUGGUUUGCGCUGGAACCAAGGACGGUAGCUUGCUUGUUUUUUCAAUAGAAACUCCUCUACUUCGAAGAGGGAGCAUGCCACGAACAAGACCAAAGCCUUCGGCAACCGGUUAAGUUGUCAUGAACUUGAUGCUAGAAGAAAUCUGCACACACAAAAAGGUUCCUGCUUGAAGUUUAAAGCAUAAGGUUAGUAGCAGAAAAUAAAUAAAAUACAAGAAUAGUUAUCAUGCUCCUGUAUAAUGUACAUUACACGGAGUUAGAUCCGGGUAUAGGAUUCUCAAGAUACUCUGCUGACGAUGAUCCAUGGGCAACCGAGUUGACAGUAGGGAAACUAACACACAUGCGAACACCGGUUAGCGAAGGACCAUACUGAUUUUAAGGGUAGACGAACGCCAGGAUCUUCACUGGGUAGGGACUUGGCAAUUAACAUCGGUCUUACAUAUGGCACACCACUCCUGCAGUCUUGUGGUUGUGUAGUGGAGGGGUACCAGAGUUAUCGCCAGCAUGAUUUACCUGUAUGUAUUAGGUGCCACAGUGUUUUGUAAUAAUCAAACUACACAUUUUAGAAUGCUAACGACAUACAUUCCUAGCUAACGAUCUGUAAAGUGGUAUGUAGCAUUUUCAGUCCA